AAAUUAUUUUCUUUCUUCCAAACACAUCUUUCUCCUAUGUUGGGUAGGUUAUCUUGAUGGCAUUCUAGCAUGCAUGUCCUCCAAGCAUCACUUGCCUUCCCCGUUUCAGCAUUGGAAGUGAAACUAGGGUUCAAAAGGCGGAGGCUAGGCGUGCAGAAUAGCCGCGUCUCCGUCCGGUCUGGGAAGAGUCCAGUGGGGGAGGCAAGACAAUAGAGCCCCUUUAGCAGAGUAGCAAGAGAAGUAAAGCACAGCAGCUAUGGUGUUUGUCAAGGCUCAGAAAUCCAAGGCCUAUUUCAAGAGGUAUCAGGUCAAGUUCAAGCGCAGGCGAGAGGGGAAGACCGAUUACAGAGCGAGAAUUCGCUUGAUAAAUCAGGACAAGAACAAGUAUAAUACGCCCAAGUACAGAUUUGUAGUGCGAUUUAGCAACAAGGGUAUUGUUGCACAGAUCAUAUAUGCAACGCUUGCUGGAGAUGUAACACUGGCAGCUGCUUACUCUCAGGAGCUCCCUCGGUAUGGCUUGGAAGUCGGUCUCACAAACUAUGCUGCGGCAUACUGUACUGGUCUCUUGUUGGCACGUCGGGUGCUGAAGCAGUUGGAGAUGGAUGAUGAAUAUGUUGGCAAUGAGGAGGCGACUGGAGAAGAUUAUAGUGUUGAGCCAGGUGAAUCCAGGAGGCCGUUCAGGGCUCUGUUGGAUGUAGGUCUUGUCAGGACAACUACUGGAAACCGAGUGUUUGGUGCUCUCAAGGGGGCAUUGGAUGGUGGACUAGACAUUCCUCACAGUGAUAAGCGCUUUGCUGGAUUUAGCAAAGAUGAUAAAAGUCUGGAUGCUGACAUACACCGAAAAUAUAUACUUGGAGGUCAUGUCUCGACAUAUAUGAAGAUGUUGAGAGAAGAUGAACCAAGUAAGUAUCAAUCUCAGUUCAGUAAAUGCCUCGAAAAAGGAAUAGAGCCUGAAAAUGUAGAAGAAAUGUACAAAAAGGUACACGCUGCCAUCCGAGCAGAUCCAUCUGUGAAACAUACAGAGAAACAUGUUCCUAAGGAGCAAAAGCAUUACCACCUGAAGAAACUGACAUACGAGGAAAGGAAGGCUAAAUUGAUUGCUCGCUUGAAUGCUUUAAAUGCUGGUGACGAUGAGGAUGACGAGGAGUAAAUGUGAAAAUAUUUAGUCUAAAGAGUUAAGCUAUUUCGUUGCAUCAUGAAACUUGGCAGCUCAUUAUGAGAACUUUUUUCCACUUACAUGUAGAGGACAGUCUUUGGAGACUGUCCCUGCCCAUUUCAAUUUUGUAGAUUAGUAAAAGAAAAUAAAAUUUUGUAGAUUAGUAAAAGAAAAUAAAAUUUUGUAGAUUAGUGCAUCUUAUUGUGAUAGAGGCUUGGAAUUGAAUUUUAUGAAUAACUGCAAGAUUUUUUUUCUGGAA